GCGGGCGCGGCGGUCACCGAUAGCCGCUAUCCGGUGUCGCGGACCGCCCGGCUCGGCUCACAGUGGGUCGGGCGCGGCCGGCGCGGACACACCAUGUCGCCGCGGAACGCUCUGUGGGCCGCCCUCUGGACCGUGCUGGCGGCCUCCGUCGCGGGUGAUGUGACCCUGGACCUGGGUGACACGAGCCACAGCGGCGUCUGGGUGGUGCGCAGCGGCGACGGCCGGACCAAGGCCACGGCCGCCGUGCCGGGCGGCGUGUACUCGGACCUGCUGCACGCCGGCGUGCUGAACCAGUCGCUCUACUACCGCUUCAACGACGUCGAGUACCGCUGGGUGGCCGAGAGCGACUGGACCUUCUCCCGGCACUUCACCGCCGACGCCGAGCUGCUCGACUGCGCGCGCGUCGAGCUCGUCUGCGACGGCAUCGACACGGUCAGCAACGUCUCCAUCAACGGCCGGCUGGUCGGCACUACCGAUAACCAGUUCGUCCGCUACGUGUUCGACGUCAAGGCGGCGCUGCAGGAGGGCGACAACGAGAUCAGCGUGUCGGUGCGCUCGCCGACCGAGUACGCGGCCGAGCGGUUCGCCGAUCAGGCGGCCAGCUAUGUUGUGCCACCCGAGUGCGUGCCGCCCGUGCAGAACGGCUUCUGCCACGCCAACCACAUCCGCAAGAUGCAGGCGUCGUUCAGCUGGGACUGGGGCCCGGCGUUCCCGAGCGCGGGCGUGUGGCGGCCGCUGCGGCUGGUCGGCAUGCAGGCGGUGGCCCUGAGGGACGUGAUGGUACGCGCGCAGCCGGUCACCGCCGGCAGUGUGACGGACACGUGGCGCGUGCAGCCGAGCCUGCUGCUGUCGGUGGCGGUCCCUGCCAGCGUCAGCUACACUGCCGCCGUGCCGGGGGUAGACGCCCGGGUCAGCGGAUCGUUCAACGUCGAGCCGACGUCGGCUGAGGUGGUACUUGAGCCGCUGGUCACCCGCGCACUGACCUUAGAUGACCUGUGGUGGCCGAACGGGCCGAUCGGCCGCCCCACGCUGCAGACGCUGACCCUGUGUCUGAACGUGACGGCGCCGGUGUCGCAGACACUGCCGUGCCGUAACGUGACGUUCGGUCUGCGGGAGGUGGUGCUGGUCCAGGACCCCGUGGACGACGCCGACCCCGACAAGGGUCUCACCUUCUACUUCCGUGUGAAUGGGGUCGAUGUGUUCGCCAAAGGCAGCAACUGGAUUCCGGCCGACGUCCUGACGGAGCGCGUGACGCCCGCCUACCUGCGCUCGCUGCUGACGUCCGCCCGAGACGCCAACAUGAACAUGCUGCGCGUCUGGGGAGGCGGCAUCUACGAGGACGACACGUUCUACGCGCUGGCCGACGAGCUGGGCCUGAUGGUGUGGCAGGACGUGAUGUUCGCCUGCUCCAUGUACCCGGCAGACGCGGCGUUCCUCUCCAGUGUGCGGGCCGAGGUGUACACUCAGCUCUGGAGGCUGCAGCACCACCCCUCCAUCGUUCUCUGGGCCGGUAACAACGAAAACGAGCAGGCGUUGCAUCAGAACUGGUACGGCACCGCGGGCGACUUCGAGCGCUACAAGGCCGACUACGUGACGCUCUACGUGGACACAGUGCGCGACGAGCUCAUCCGCGUGCUCGGCGACCACGACUCGUUCGUGACGUCGAGUCCGAGCAACGGCCGCCGCUCGGACGAGCAGGGUUACGUCUCCGAUAACCCGGGCAGCUCGCUGUACGGAGACGUGCACGUGUACGAGUACGCGCGCGACAUGUGGGACGAGCGCAUCUUCCCGGUGCCGCGGUUCGCCUCCGAGUACGGCCUGCAGUCGUGGCCGUCGGUGCUGUCCCUCCAGGAGGUGUCGGAGCCGGCCGACCUGGCGUACCACUCCGACUGGGCCGGCCACCGGCAGCACCACGCCAUGGGGAACGCCGAGCUUCUGGCAGAGAUCGGACAGCACUUUGCGCUGCCGCAGGACGUGGACGGCGCCGGCGGGUUCCGCGACAUCGUCUACCUGUCGCAGGUGAACCAGGCGCUGGCGAUCCGCAGCGAGACUGAGCACUACCGGCGCGGCCGCUCCGAGCUGGCCGCCGACGGGCGCGGCCGCACCAUGGGAGCCAUGUUCUGGCAGCUCAACGACAUCUGGCAGGCGCCCACCUGGGCGGCCAUCGAGUACGGCGGACGCUGGAGGGCGCUUCAGUACGCGGCGCGCCGCUUCUUCGCGCCGCUACUCGCCUCUGUGUACGUGACGGGCCGCGGUGAUUCCCGCGAGGUGGUGGUGUACGCCGUCAGUGACCUGCCGGAGGACAUCGCCGACGUUUCGGUGCGCGUAUCCGUCCACCGCUGGGACCGGUUCGACGAGCCCCAGACCAGUCUGGUGGCCAACGUGACGGUGUCGGCGGCGGCGGCUCAGCGCGUCUGGUCCGCGCCGCUGGCCGACCUGCUGCCCGACACCGGCCUCCAGCUGCUGCGCGCGGCGCUGGUGGACCGCAGCACCGGCGCCGAGCUGGCGCAGCCCAGCGAGCUGUACGUGGAGCCCUUCCAGAACGUGCGUCUCUCGGUGGCGAACGUGCGCGUGGCGGCGGUAUCAGUGGCGGCGCUGGACAACCGCCUGAGCACGGACCGACUGCUGGUGACGGUGGCGGCCGACGCGCCGGCGCCGUUCGUCUGGCUCGAGACGCCGCUGGCCGGCAGGUUCUCCGACAACGGCUUCACCCAGCUGGAGGCCGAGGUGCAGGUGGAGUUCCUGGCCGACGAGCCGACGGACGCGGCCACCCUGUUCAAGUCGCUCACCGUGCGCUCUCUGCAGGACGCCUACCAGCAGUGAGUGGUGACCCUGCGAGCAGUGAGUGGUGACCCUGCCAGCAGCGAUCGUUGACGGCUGUCAGCACUGACUGUUGGCUGUAAGAGGGGUUACUACUGCAAGUUGUGACUCGGUGAGAACUGCAUGUGUCUGAAUAAAUUCUGAUUCCGAUCAUGAAGAUAAGCAGACCAGCCAGUGAGGCACGAUAACAAUGAAAGCAAUACAUUAUCUGAUACUGAACAUCACAAUACAUGCAGGGAAACGUU